AUGGCACCCUCUCUCGAGGAGCCGGAGCCGGUGGCUGAUGUGCUCGCCAACCCGACGAGGCAGAAACCACAGCUCGUGGCGCCGGAGCCCGAGCACUGCCCCGGUCCCGAGUCGCAGCAGGCUGGCCAGGCCGACUCGUGCGCCGGAUGCCCGAACCAGGCAAUCUGCGCGUCGGCGCCGAAAGGUCCCGAUCCCGACAUCCCGCUGAUAUCCGCACGCCUCGCCGGCGUCAAGCACAAGAUCCUCGUCCUCAGCGGCAAGGGCGGCGUCGGCAAGAGCACCUUCACCUCGCUGCUGGCGCACGCCUUCGCCACCAACCCGGACAGCACGGUGGGCAUCAUGGACACGGACAUAUGCGGACCGAGCAUCCCCAAGAUGAUGGGCGUCGAGCACGAGACGAUCCACGUCAGCGGCUCCGGCUGGUCGCCCGUCUGGGUCAUGGACAACCUCGGCGUCAUGAGCAUCCAGUUCAUGCUGCCGAACCGAGACGACGCCGUCAUCUGGAGGGGCCCCAAGAAGAACGGCCUGAUCAAAAAGUUCCUCAAGGACGUCGAGUGGGGCGAGCUGGACUUUCUGCUCGUCGACACGCCCCCGGGCACGAGCGACGAGCAUCUCAGCGUCAACUCGUUCCUCAAGGAGAGCGGCAUCGACGGCGCCGUCGUCGUCACAACCCCGCAGGAGGUGGCCCUGCUCGACGUGCGCAAGGAAAUAGACUUUUGCAACAAGGCGGGCAUCAGGAUACUCGGUCUCGCCGAGAACAUGAGCGCCUUCGUCUGCCCCAACUGUACCGAGGAGAGCCAGAUCUUUCGACCGAGCACCGGCGGCGGCAGGGCCCUCGCCGAGGAGAUGGGCAUCAAGUUUCUCGGCGCCGUGCCGCUCGACCCGAGGAUUCGGAUGGCGUGCGACUACGGCGAGAGUUUUUUCGACUCGUUCCCCGACAGCCCGGCAUGCCAGGCCUUCAGGAAGGUGGUCACGGGCGUCGCGGAACAGCUGGGACUGGAUGCCGACGACGUCUUGCCGGAUGCCCAUGUAUAG